UCAUACAGGAACCAGUGGAGGGAGCUUGACAAACCAAGAUGGCGACUUACGGCGAAGCAGGAAAGAGGUUCUACUUGAACUAAACCUCAUUGUCGGAGCCGUGCUUACCGGGGUGCCAACGUGCUCAGCCGUGUGUCUGGAUUUCGUGAGGAAGAGACGGAGCCGAUACCGGGAUUAAAUGGCUACCAGGAAGUCUGGAUCAGACGUGUAUAACAAUGGACCCAUCAGCUACCUUGAUGAAGUUCCCUUCAAGUUAAAUGAGAAAUUCCGAUGUCCCGCUAAAGUGGGGUUACCCGUUGGUUUCUGUUUGACAGAUAAUGCAGCUUUGCUUGCGGACACAAAGUAUGACUUUACAUUGGAGAGGCGCAGUGUUCGCUGGGGGAUAGAACUUGCUGAUGCCAGAGCAGCAGCAGCCAGAGCAGAGGAGGCAGCAGCCAAGCAGGAGGCUGAGAGCAGGGAGUCUCAGGACAUUGAUGGACGAGGAGGGAACAACAUUCGGUCCGUGGCAGAGGACCAGGAACUCCUGCCACCAGCACUCAACCCUGUCCUGGCGGGGUUCAGUCACAACGCUAUCCUCACUCCACUGCCGGCCCCCACACUGGGCCCCAGAAUAUCCCAGGACAGCACUCCGCAGCCACAGAACCUCAAUCUAGCAGACUUUGAGCGAGAGGAAGACCCCUUUGACAAGCUUGAACUGAAAACGCUGGAUGAUAAGGAAGAGUUGAGGACCAUUCUACAGAGCCAACCCCAACCUCAGCCACCGCCUUCUGUAUCUUCUCCUCAGCAAGGCUCGGUAUCUCGCGGAGACAGCCCAUCUCCACCCGACACCAACAGCGGGGUCUCGUCCAAACCAGGCUUUGCCCACAAACCCAACGGCUUGGUUGCCUUGCUGGAUAUGGACAAAGUCAGACAUCCCGGAAGAGCGGGCUUCGAGACAGACGAUCGGCCUUGUAACAUCCGCUCUCUGACGUUCCCCAAACUCUCUGAUUCUGGUGAACCAGAGUCGGUGAAAUACAGUCCUGUACCCGCUCCUUCUCCCCGACGGAACCAAUCCAACGGCAGCCCGCAAGCAUUACCAAGAACACAAGUUAUCGUUGCCCCAGAGCCACCCAGCCACAACAAGAGUGGAACGCCAAAGCCGACCAACCCUGGAACAGGACCCAUCGGCCUGCCGUGUGGCGGAGCUCUCCUCAGCAUGACGCCCAGUGAACAGCAGUGUGUGGAGACUGUGGUUGGAAUGGGUUACUCCUAUGAGGAAGUUCUGCGGGCCAUGCAGAGACAAGGCCAGAAUGUGGAACAGGUUUUAGACUAUCUGUUUCUUCAUGGCCGUCUGUGCGAGAGGGGCUUUGAUGCCAGUGCCGUGGAAGAGUGUUUAGAAAUGUACCAGUGCUCAGAAGAAAAGGCCUUGCAGUAUCUUCAACUCUUGUCCAGAUUCGGUGAAAUGGGGUUUGAGAGAGACGCGAUUAAAGAGGUUCUGCUAGUCCACAACAACGACCAGGACAAGGCUCUGGAGGAUCUGAUGGCCCGGGCCGCUGCGAGCUGAGCCGAAAGCAGUGGGCAAGCCGACGCCCCACCCUGGGCAUCUGUCACCGCUCCCAUCCUAAAGCCCCUUUCCCCUCUGCCUACCUUAUCUCACUACGCCCUGCCCUUUUGCCAUGGCUGUGGAAAGGACACCUGGGAGGCGGUUUCUGUCUGUGCUAAAACAUACCAUGCCUCAGCACUUCUGAAAGUCUGUGUGCCUAGAUUGGAUUGUGUUAACCCGUACCAAUACUAAAUGCUCAUUUCAGGUACUACUGUGUAAUUGACUGAGCUGGGAACUUUGGGCUGUGGCGUUUUGAUGCCACUCUAAUUUUGCUUCCACUUGGAAGUCUUUCUCUGAAUGCAGGAGAAACUGCAGAAGUAAACGGGGAGUUGCUAGCUGUAGGCUACGUGCACAUCACUGGAAGCCUUUUGGGAACGUCAAGAAAACUCUUAAGUAACAAGGCUGCCAUCUUCCUUCUGGCUGCGGGGCGUCACAAACGGUGAUGGGUGCGGCGAGGUCAAAAGAAAAGCGCCUCAUCCGGCUUGAACCAGCUCACGUCAAAAGGCACAAUCACCACACAGAGCUGACUCUCAAGAAGUGCCCUCUGAGCUGUUGUGCCCAGGACCUAUUUCUGUCGUUCUUUAUGCUUUCUUACGUUCAUGUCUUAUUUUUUUAUUUUAUUUUUUGUUUCCCCCUCUUCGUUUUGGACACCGUUUUGUGUCCGUUCAAAGGUUGCAUUUAUUUACUUUCUAUUUCAGGAAUUGCAUUAUAGAUCAUUAGUAAUGAAAACUCUGAAUAUGAAAGAGUGUCCCGUUGCACUCUUCAGCCUGCACUGGAGGAAGAAAAACAAACAAACCCUGCCACAGUGGGGAAAUGUGAAAAAAUAUUGUCGCUAAAAGAAAAAGUACAGUAGAUCCUUCGCCCCAAUAUCACUGAUCUUACAAUACACAGGCCAACAGGUCGCAUCAUUCAGAUCUUAUUUAAAGUAGUACUCUGACACUUUGAUUUAUGAUUGAGAGUUUGGGAUGAUUAUGUAAGAUAUGUUAACAUACAAAUGCAACGCUAUAAAAGAAAAGAGUGAGGGUUGGGUUUUUUUUUUUGUUUUUUUUUUUUGCAGCCAAAUCACAGUGCAAUAGAGACAUUUCAUGUUGUAUGACUGUUGACUUGCACUUUGAGCCUCCAAAAAUCACAAGGAAUGGUCUUUAAAGCCUUACUGGAAAAGUGGUUAAAAGAAAAGUUUCUAUUUUAUUGAUUUCUGUCACUUAUUUCCCUUUCACUGAAUUUAACGGAAAAAAGUCUAAUCAAGCC